GUUUUGUGUUUGUUUCGAUUUUCGCCGAUUUUCACAAACAGCGGAAAAAUCCGUGCGUAGAGUUUGUCGAGUUGUGUUUCGUGCACAUCAUCAGCGAUGGUGAAUGUUAUGAAAGGAGUUUUAGUCGAAUGCGAUCCUGCUAUGAAACAAUUUCUGCUCCAUCUCGACGAAACACAAUCGCUCGGCAAAAAGUUCAUCAUUCAGGAUUUGGACGAGAAACACUUGUUUAUCUCGGUGGAGAUUGUUGAGGUGCUCCAGGCUCGGGUCGACGAUUUGAUGGAUCGCAUCAGUUUUCCGUUGCACGAGAAAGAAGCUUAA